AUGGGAAACUACAAAAACAAAAUUGGAGGUAGAGCAUAUCAAAAUUAUUCCACUCAGUCGUUACAAAAAGCUAUUAAUGAUGUUAUAUCCAAAAAACUUACAUAUCGUGAUGCAUCAACGAGGUACGGGGUUUCAAAAUCAACCAUUCAAAGAAAAUUGAAUGAAAAAAAUAUGUUGAAAGUUGGUAGUCCUAAUGCCCUUUCAAAUGUUGACGAGAAAAGUUUACUCAAUGGGAUAAUUUUAUCAAGUAAGUUGGGUUUUCCGUUCACUUCUCUCGACAUAAGGCUAUUAGUGCAGAGUUUUUUAAAUAAUAAUGGUGUCAAAGAUCCAACGUUUAUUGGUAAUUUACCUGGAUACACUUGGCCUAAACAUUUUAAAAACCGUCACAAGUGUUCUGAGCGAGAGAUUAGCUGA